GGGCUUUUUGAAUGAAGCGAUGCUUUUUAAACUACACGCUUGAUUCAGCGGAGAGAAGGGAGGGGUUCACUUCUGGGCGAGAGAGUUGAGCGAGGUUUGUUCUUCGAGCUCCAGACAGCAGUAAAGCGGUAAAAUGAUCGUCGUCAUUGAAGAUCAGGAAAACUUUGACAAAGCCCUCGCCGAGGCAGGUGACAAGCUUGUCGUGGUUGACUUCACAGCCACAUGGUGUGGGCCGUGUCAGAGCAUCGCACCCUUUUACAAGGGCCUGUCUGAAAAUCCUGACUAUGCUAAUGUGGUCUUCCUCAAAGUGGACGUGGAUGAUGCACAGGAUGUAGCCCAGUCUUGUGAGAUUAAAUGUAUGCCAACAUUCCACUUCUACAAGAACGGGAAGAAGCUGGACGAUUUCUCUGGGUCCAACCAGGAUAAACUGGAAGACAUGGUGAAAAGAUACAAAGACUAAGCCUGAUAUAAUCCACUCAUAAUAGUUUCCUGUGCCACCUAAUCUUCAAUUUUACAAUACAUAACUCCCCACUUGUUUCAUUAUUCAUGAAAAAUCUUAAUUUUCUUGUCGUUUUACAGAGAUUUUAGCAGGUUAAAAUCUGCCUUAAUCUUUCACCCAUUUCCAUAAUGAUUACCUCUGUAUGUUUCUGUGCGUUUAGGCAUAACUCCGUAUUAAGUGUUUUUUUUCAAUGAUGAUGAUAAUAAUAAUAAACGCAAUUCCAAAAGA